AUGAGGGCCACGCAGACCUUUGUUUUUGCCAUGCUACAGCAUGGCCUGAUGGCGGUGAGGUCGACAAUAGCAAUUGCCCCGCUCGAGAUCCAUGGCAAGACGCCGUGCUGUAUUGACCGGCUGACGACGCUGGCCUGCUCGAGGUUGGCAGCGACAAGAAAGCGCUACUUCGACCAACAAUGCGCAAACAAUGCCGACUUUGCGUUUAUCCAGUGCUGCGCAAGUUGUUUCUCCAAAAAGACGCGCGGCGGGAAGCGGGCUUACGAUAUUUCUGCUAAAAAGUUGUUGCUCGACCCGUAUAGCACGACUUGCACGGAUCGAAGGGGACCGACGUGGUGUCACAAGAUUUUGUCAAAGCAAGACACCGCGUACGGCGUCAACACCGAAGUCUCGCACUCCUGCAAAUCUUUCCCAUUCGCGUUUCGCGAAUGUCGACAGAGCUGCGGAUUCUGCUCUUCCGGUCAGAUCGGAAGUCGACUCAAGUACAACUACACGAUCGCCACUGAUCCUAAAAGAUGCACCUCAAAAAUCUAUUACGCGCUAGACACGGACGCGCAGCCAACGCCUACGAUUCGAAUGCCAAUGGGACCAAGAACCACUACUAAAAUCGCAGAAGAAGUCCCCGAAAUCGAGCCCACUACCCCAACUUCUCCUGAUGACGAGAUGCCAACCCUCGAAGGCCCAGAACCUUCCGAAGCUGAGGUCAUCGAGAAGUUGCUCUCGUUGCUCACCAUUAACCCGGAAGAGCCCAUGACCGAAGUUCUGAACGUAACUGCCAGCGAGGAACCGGAGCAGUCGCCGGAGACUACUACAGUUUUCGACCCCCUCGCCCAUCUCGACCUCGACCGGCGGCGAAAGAAGCACAAGGGCUAUUUUAUCGCCGAAAUCACCGAGAACGAUCUCACCUACGCGGGCCCAAGGGAGCCCGAAUUU